CCUGUGGCUGGUGAGUCCACCGAGCAGGGCCAGGCCGGGCCCUGCCCACAAGGACGCCCAAGCCCUUCACCGGCCCCUGCGCCUGGGAGCCCACCAGGCUCUCCCACUGGCUCCACCAUGACUUCGGAGCCCACGCCACCCCCGGUCGUGCCCCGGCUCCACUCCCCCAAGUCCCCUGUCUGGCCCACCUUCCCAUUCCACCGGGAGGGCAGCAGGGUCUGGGAGCGAGGCUGUGUCUCAUCUCGGGACCUGCCCAGUCCACUGCCCACCAAACGGACCAGGACGUAUUCAGCGACAGCCCGUGCCUCGGCUGGCCCCGUGUUCAAGGGUGUCUGUAAGCAGUUCUCACGCUCACAGGGCCACGGCUUCAUCACCCCGGAGAACGGGUCAGAGGACAUCUUCGUGCAUGUGUCUGACAUCGAGGGGGAGUACGUGCCAGUGGAAGGCGACGAGGUGACCUACAAGAUGUGCCCUAUCCCGCCCAAGAACCAGAAGUUCCAAGCUGUGGAGGUGGUGCUCACCCAGCUGGCUCCACACACUCCCCACGAGACGUGGUCCGGCCAGGUCGUGGGCUCCUAGGCUGCUGGCCCCUGUGCCAGCCGUCAGGCGGCGGGGGGAGCCACACAGGGUAGAUGGGCAGCAGCCAGCUCCACGCCCCACGGCACUGGCUGAGCCAGUCCCCCGGGCGGCCUCGGUGUGCACGUCUGUCUGUCUGUGCUUGUGGACGUGAGCGUGUGCCUCCAUCUACCCCGUGACUGUUGUGUGAGUUG